AUGACUAUCCCUGCGAUUCACGUUUGGUCGGCUGCAGCUGAACGUGUCGCAGACUCGAAACUCUACCGCCUUCCUCCGUUUGCAUACAUUCUGAAUUUGACCGCCGUUACACAUUGUCUCGCAAGAUCCAUCCUCUGGCUCGAGCUAAAGCACACCUUGCGAGACGCACAAAACCAUGCAAGUUCCUCCCGAGGAUGUUGCCCUGUCACGACUUGCGAAUGA